GAACUGUCAAACGCAUGUGUUCAAUUAAAUAACAUGUAAACAAAUAGAAAAGCGACCGCAAGAAUGGAUUACGAACUGCGAAAUAUCAAAGACUUUCUGCAGCUUUACAACAAAAUCACCGACAUGUGUUUUAAUGCAUGCGUGGACAACUUGUACGGCCGUGACUUAACCCGGGCGGAAAUAUCAUGUGCCGACAAUUGUGUUCUCAAGUUUACCAACGUAAACCAGCGAUUGCUGAAGGUUUAUGUAGGCGUGCAGUCAGAUAUCAAUCAGAAAAGAAUGGCCGAAGUAGAGGCACAGCAGGCGAAAAUGAUGACCGAAGCACAGCAACAGCAGCAGCUGCAGCAACAAGCAGCACUUCAAAGUACUCCUGAAAUUACUGGCGCUCCCAGCACUACCGAACCUACCGUGGCAUGA